AUUUCCAAGAUUGUACUCGUGUCAUGUAAUCAAUUUUUUUUGUCAUCAUAUUAUAUAUAUAAACAAAAUUUUUUCAAUUAUUUUCAGUAGGCUACUUGCCAAGUGAAAAAAGUUUUUAUUUUUCGUAGCUUUGGUAACAUGAAUACGACUUUCGAAAUGCCGUCGCAAACAGCGACACCUCUCCAGUAUACGCCUAUUCUUUCUUUUAUGUCGGACAAACAGCUUGCAUUGUUUGUCCCGUUCGUAGUUUAUUGGAUAUAUUCGGGUUUUUACCACCUAAUUUCGAUUUAUGAAGUUUCUUUUUUUGAAAAAUAUAGAAUUCAUAGUCUUAUUGAAGUAGAAACAAGAAACAAAGUUUCUAUGGGUGAAGUGGUUAGAGCUGUUUUAUUACAACAAUUUUUACAGACUUUACUGGGUUUAUUAUUAGUUGUUGUCGAAGACGACGAUGUUUUAUUAGAUGAUGAGGUUGAAUUGCUAGGCUAUCGACAAACGUUAGAGGCUAUGGCAACAAUUUUUGGUCUGUGGAAUCUGCUUGAGCCUUAUCAAAAUAUUAUCAUAGAGACAUCAUACUGGUAUUUUAUUCCAUUAUCCCGAUUUUUAUUUGCAAUGAUUUUUUUGGAUACAUGGCAAUAUUUUAUGCAUAGGCUUUUUCAUCAAAAUAAAUUUCUCUAUAAACACAUUCAUUCAUUACAUCACAGACUACAUGCACCAUAUGCUUUUGGUGCACUUUAUAAUCAUCCCAUUGAAGGUUUUGUGAUGGAUUCCGUGGGUGCCGGAUUGGCAUUUAAAUUAUCAGGGAUGACAACCAUCGGUGGAAUGAUAUUUUUUGGAUUCGCAACAUUUAAAACCGUCGAUGAUCAUUGUGGAUAUGAUUUACCGUUUAACCCGGUUCAAAAAAUUUUCGGUAAUAAUUCAGCCUACCAUGAUAUCCAUCAUCAAUCAUACGGGAUUAAAAUGAAUUUUUCUCAACCGUUUUUCACUAUAUGGGAUCGAAUUCUUGGAACUUAUCUACCAGAACCUCCAAAAUCAUUAAAAGAGUAUCAAUCCUCUCAGACAACCACCAUUCAUAGUCUUACAUUAAAGGAUCGUGAAGCUAUUGAUCACAAAGAUGAGCCAGAUGUCUUUAAAAUCCAGGAAACAAUUUCCGCAGGAAUUUCUCCGAGAUAUAAUUUGAGACCACGAAAAACUCUUUCGUCAAUCUAAAUUUAUAAUUAUAUUCUUUACCCGAUUUUAUUAUCGCGAGAAUUCACGAUGAUAUAUUUAAGAACAUUAUUUUUAAUAGAUUACUAAUUGUUAAAUUAUAUUAAAGUUAAAUAUUGUAGGAUUAAUUUUUUAAUAAAUAAUAUCAACUAAUUGAAAACAAUAAAACUACGGUUAAUUAGUUCCGGAUUUCACUUUAAAAUUAUAAUUUACAUGAAUCAAAUAGUGCAUGUGAAAU